CGUGAUUCACACCGGCGCAGCCGUGUUUUCGUUCUGUUCGUGGCGGUUUUCUAUAACGUGAAUGUUUACAUGCAAAUUUAGCAUUUUUUCCUUCUUCGUUCUUGUGUACGGCUUCCUCUUGUUAUCUGGUGUUGGAGGCAAUGAGAUGUCGGUUGUUGUCAAAGCUACAGCUAAACAUACGGCGUCGUUGAUAUUUCUUCAUGGUCUUGGAGACACAGGACAUGGCUGGAGUGCAAGUUUUGAGGAGAUCAAAAUGGCCCAUGUGAAAUCUAUUUGCCCUAAUGCACCUGUCAGUCCUGUGACAUUAAAUGGUGGUUUCAGAAUGCCGUCAUGGUUUGAUAUAAAAUCCCUUACAUUCCAAGGGGAACAAGAUGAAACAGGAAUCAAGGAUGCUGCUGCAAACAUACGAUCAAUAAUUGAAGAUGAGAUUAAAACUGGGAUACCAUCAGAUCGAAUUGUUUUAGGUGGUUUUUCACAAGGAGGUGCUCUUGCAUUAUAUACUGCUCUGACCAUGGAGAAACCUCUAGCUGGAAUCUUAGCACUGAGUUCAUGGUUGCCUCUUCACAAGUCUUUUCCAGAGGCCAUCAAAGGAAACAAAGACACGAAAAUACUACAGUGUCAUGGGGAUAUUGAUCCAGUUGUAAAUUUUACGCUUGGGCAGAUGACAGCCGAUGUUUUAUCAUCAUUUUGUUCAAAUCUCGAGUUUAAAACAUAUCAAGGAUUAGGUCACUCAUCCAGUCCACAGGAGAUGAACGAUGUGAAGGAGUGGCUAAAGAAAGUAUUGCCAUAAACAGCUUAACUUAGUGAAGCUUCUUUUUUAUGACUGUGUUAUGGUAAAAUGCCCUUUCUAUUAGGUUCAAUAGUCUUUUGUCAAAUUGAACACCACUGGUCCAUGGAGAUCAAAUAAGUUUUUCUUGAAAAUGGUCCCCCUUGGACAUUCCCAUGCUCUUGAAAAGUACAAUUAAGCAUCUGUUCUCCUUGGUCCUUGGUAAUGUACCCCUGUUCCCUGAAAAUACCCCCCCCCCCUUCCACCACCACCACCACUACCAAGAAAAAAAAAACAAUAUAACUAAAUAAAUAAAGCACCAUAUACCCAUGUUCCCUGAAAAUAGUCACCCACAUCCCCAUUUUGAAGUGUAUGUGGUGAUCCUGGUGUUAGAUUUUGCUCCUAAAAGAAUGCUCUAAAAACCUGUUCCCAAAACCCAAGAUUCUACCUUUCUUAAUAUUACUAUUUGUAGCACUAUUAUGAAUAUUAUUUCUAAAUUGUUUGGUGAUAUAGGGCUUAAGCACAAUUGUGCUGCCACCAGUAUUGGUCCUGAGUUGUUAAAAAAAUGCAAUUAUUACCACUGACUGAAUUGAAAUCAUAAACCUAUAACUUACCAGAAGUUUUGUGUAGUAGCAUACAUGUUAUCACAUAAGAUUCUGGAUUUACAAUAAAUAAUGUAGCAGGUAUCAUACAAUGGAAA